AUGUCGUCCCGUAAGGACCGUUCGCCGUAUCCGCUGCCGACCAAGUACCCGUCGAACCUUGAAUGGGCGUCCUACAAGACCUAUGUGAGUUCAUCACAGUGCAAGCUCCGAAUUAGUUCAAUCACGCCUGUCCAAAACACGUUCUGGAGUGGGGGCCAGCCAGUUGACCUCAAAAAGAGUGAUGAGGGCGAAAAACACUUGUCAGCCAGGAACGGGGAAGCUCUCAAGAGAACGGAAGAACAAACAAACAAGCACUAACCACGAUGAACAUCAAAAUUUUGCAUUUUUAGAAGGCAUCGCAAGAGCCCCUAAAGCACUGAAAGAUUUCAGAACUGGGUCGAGAACCGUCUAUGGCCGGUCCGUCCUCUUCCAUUCGUCGCCACGACCGUCGCCCUGGCUGCCACGUUGCACUACAAGUACCCGGAGAAUUUCGUGCUCGAACUGCUCCCCAAGGGCACUUCUGAAGCCGCCGAGAUUGCCAAAGUGGCGUUGGUCUCCUUCGCCGGAACCUAUGCAUCCGUGUUCACACUUCGAAAACUCCUCAAGUACUUCUACUUUUCUUACAAGGGAUUCCUGUUCGAGAACCCGAAAAAGCCGUCGAUCCGCACGCAGAUUUGGGGUGUAAGUCCUCGUCAUUUUCGGGUCAUUUUACAGAAGUUUCUCAUUUUCAGGUGGUCCGUCACUUGCUCUCGUUCGCCCCUCCGAUCCUUGAGUCCUGUGAUCGUCUUCUUCCGAACCUUCCGGUCCCGAACCUUAAGGAUUCCAUAGACGAGCAUCUGAACUCUAUGAGACAUAUUCUGACGGAAAAUGAGUACGAGACAAUGGCCAAGCAGGCAGAGUCUUUUCUGGAGAACGAGGGCAAGACCCUGCAACGAUACACUCGCAUCUACUCGCUUUUCACCGACAACUACGUAUCCUCGUUUUGGCAGAAGUACGCGUAUCUUCAUGGAAGGUAUUCGACAACUUCAGAUUGUCUCCCAUCAAUUCCUUCUCCAGAUAUCCUCUCCUGAUAAACAGCAGUGUCGCCCAUUGCGACCUUCUGCGUGACAAGAGCGCCACGCGUGCUCACCGUGCCGCCCGCGUCACCUGGAUAGAAAUCAUCUCGCAUCUCGCCGUCGACCGCCAACAGUACAAACCGGUCAGUUUGAUUUUUGAUCACACUUCUACUUUGCCCCGUACUCUCUUAUCAUUUCGACAAACGCGUUUCGCCUCCGUCCAAAAAUGUGACAGCGGUUGCUUGCAAUGAAGUGUAUUUUGACGAAUGUGGUCAAAGUAUUAUACGAUAAGGAAAACAAAACACAAAAAUGCGAAUGUUUUUCAGUUGGGAGACGGAUUGGUUUGCACUCGACACUAUCGGAAUAUGUACGCAGUGACGAGAGUGCCCGGACAGAAGGUCGACCAGCUGAAACUGCACGGCAUUCAGAAGCACAUUGUAGUGGUGCUGAGGGGAAAGUUCUACAAACUGCACGCCUGUGACGAUAACAGAAACAUUUAUGAUAUUGAAAGUUGACAAAGUACAGUUGGAAUGGGGAUAGGGCUUUUUGUUCAUGAGACUGUUUCAGAAUCUACCACGAGUUGAUUUCCCGUGACGAAAAGGAGGAAGGAGUGAUCGGAAAGGUGGCCGCGCUCACUCAUGACACGAGAGAUUCGUGGAGCAAGAACCGACAGAGGUACUUCCUCGGAAACGAAAAGAACGCCAAGAUUCUAAAGGAAAUCGAGAGUGCCGUUUUCUUUUUGUCUCUUGAUGAAAACGAGGAUUACGGUUACGAAGCGGAACGGCCGGAGGUUCUCAACAACUUCCUGGCCAACAUGCUUUCAGGGGACGGAACCAACCGAUGGGUGGACAAGUCGCUCAACUACAUCUGCUCGAAGAAUGCUCGGUGCGGAGGAACGACCGAACACUCGAUUGCCGACGGAGCAGAGUUCGAUCACAUCAUGGAGAACUUUGUGUUUGUGGAUUUGGAAGUUUUGAAGUACAAGCCGAUCGAGGAGCAGGAGAAGAUGGCUUUAAUUGCCGAGAAUGAGAAGAGUGCUCUGAAACUUGCAGAGCCGCUGAUCUUCGACGUUCCGGAACCAGAAGUACAAUAAAAACAUUUCAUUAAUUCUCUAACUCUUCUUUUCCAGAUGCUCUCCGAGAUCACCCGUUGCCACGAACUCCACCAAACCGCCAAGAACGACCUAGAUCUGUUCGCGCUGGCGUUCCGUGACUUUGGAAAGGGACGCAUCAAGAAGUGCGGAGUGUCCCCGGACGCCUUCAUUCAGAUGGCCAUUCAACUCGCCAACUACCGGGACCAGGGCAAGUUUGUGCUCACUUACGAGCCGGCCUCUGUCCGUUUCUUUGCCAAUUCGAGAACCGAAACUCUGCGAACGGUGAACGACGAUUCAUGCGCGUUUGUGUACGCGAUGCUCAAUGAAAACGAGAGUGUAAGCGGUUGACGAGAAUUAAAAAUGUAGAGUUUGAUGCACUUCAGAAGGACGCCAAGAUCAAACUGCUCAAGAAGGCGUGCGAGACUCACGUGCUGCGCAACAAGAAGUGCAUGGUCGGACAGGGAAUCGAUCGUCAUCUCUUCGUGCUGUACGUCCUCUCUCAAGGAUUCGGAAUCUCCAGUCCGUUCCUCGACAACUACAUUUCUCAGAAAUGGAGACUCUCUACUUCUCACGUGAGUUCUAAAACACUUUCCGAGAUAUUGGAAAUUCGAAUGGUUUUCAGAUUCCAAAUGUGACAAACCAAUGUGACGAGGACACCGAUCCGGAUAACACGUGGCUCGGAGCCUGCUUUGGAGCGGUGGCCGCCGACGGAUACGGAAUCUGCUACCGCUUCGGAGGAAACCACAGCAUCUUGCCAACAUUACGAGCUAUCGCUCCGCCGGAAACACGGACUCUCCCCGCUUUGCCAAGCUGCUCUCCGAAUCGUUCCACGAGCUUUCCAACUUGUUUGCCUAA